ACCAGCCAGCCCUUGCCUGCCUUCUUUUUAUUUCAUGUCUCCUACCUUUUGCCGACGCCCACCCGUACCUUAGCAAGUUGUAACCAACCGUGACUUACCGUACCUUUGCCAUCGUCGCCAUUUCUAUACCGCAGGCUCCCAAAGUACCUCCAAUACUCAAUUACGCCCGACCACUUUACCAGUCUGAAUUGCAGUCAUUCGAAUAUUGAAGAGACCCAACUUCGCCUCACCCACGCCUGCAGGACCUGUACUCGUAUCCUAGCCUCUAGGUACGGUACGGAUACCCCCGUCUGUCUGGCCUGCUGGCUGUGCGAGGUGUGCCGGGCCCAACUCCUGUUGACCGCGCUUGAAAGGCUCGGCUCCAUCUUCGGUCGCUCGUCCCCGACUGGCGACUUCCUUCCAAAUCGCACAAGUCCGCCUCCACCUCCUUCUUCCUCUACCGCACACCUACCCAACCUUGGCCUACCUUACCCGCAAAAAAACAUCAUUGCUCCCACCGAUUUCGUCGCGCCUUAUUCCAACGAAUGCCCGACUCUUCAUGAUGAUCUCGCGCGUCUUGCAGUUCAGCCUGUCCUGUUCCAAAAGUCCAUUGGCUUAAACUCCCGGCUUCCGUCUCCAAUUGUUUGAGGGUCCCGACCAACCCACGGCCGGCCAUCCAACAUUCAAAGGGGACCCUGAAACGCUGCAGUCGACCCAAACCUUCGAGUCUGCGACAACAAUAGAAAAUCGUCACUCUUCGCCCUCUCCCAGCCUUCUUUUGUCGAUCGCCGGCAGUUCAUCAUGGUCGAACGAAUGGAACGGCCAGACAGGCCAUCGGGGCCGCAGAUGCCUCGCGGCUUGCCCGAGAAUCCCGCCCAAGGUCGACGACAACUCCAGAAAGAUGCAGCACUCGGCAACAUCCCUCCCCCGCCUCCCCUCCCGCCGAUGCCCAAGGAUCUCCGAAAUCUUUCCACCGGCGCGAGCCUCUCAGCUUCCUCGCCCAUGACCUCAGCCCAAGUCAUCGCUCUCGCCCGCGAUGCAAUGCAGAGUGCUCUGCACGAAAACGAGUCGCAGGCCGCCGAAGCGAGUGCCGUGAGCAACGAACUGAAACCUGGCGUCACCAUCGACUUGAGCCGCAAGGGCAUCCAGAAGCUCCCAGAUGAGGUUGUUGAUAUUAUCAAGAAUGAGUUGGAGCGUCUCGCCCUAUCGCACAACCAGGUCAAUUCCUUCCCAGCUCGAUUCUCCGAAUGUACAUCUCUACGAUACCUCAAUGUGCGGAAUAAUCAGAUCAGGGAGUUUCCGCUGCCGCUCUGCGAUCUGAGAUCACUCGAGAUUCUUGAUCUGAGCAAAAACAAGCUUCGUGCUCUGCCCCCUGACAUUGUCAAGCUUGCUUCUUUGAAGGUUUUCUCCGUCCAGAAGAACCGGAUCGAAGAGCUGCCCGUUGCUUUGUCCGACAUGGUUUCGUUGCAGGUGCUUAAAUUCGAUGGCAACCCAAUCACAUUUCCGCCUCGUGAGGUCCUGCAAGUACAAGCAAGCAGCCCGCCAAACGAGGGCUAUCUGAAAGAAAGCGAAGUCACCGAGGUGGCUGUCACUGCACACAUCAAGCGCUUUCUAAGACAACAUGCCAUGAACGGCCGUGCAGAGUCAGACACAGCCGGUGAAGAAUCCAGCGAAGGCGUGGAAACCCCACGUAUGCCACCGAUCAAGCGAGUUGUGAGCGGUCGAUUUCCUAUCAAGGUCAAUGGUACCGAUGUGCCUGAUCUUCGAUCCCCGAACCUGAUUCGGCCUCCACCUAUUCCGAAUCGGUCGCAUUACCGAGGGUUGUCUCAGCAGAACACAGCUGUCCGCCGUCCUGGUGUUAUGCCGUUAACCAUAGGAAAUGUCAACGAGCGACUCCGAAGCAACUCAGAGACGUUGUUGCAGGCAACUCGCGGAGAACGCCCCGAAUCUCGAGCAAGACGCAUGGGCGUGGUAUCUCAGAAGGCUACUCAGCUCGGCACCUUGGAUGAGACCCAGGCCAACAACCGCUUCAGUCACUACAGAGGCCUGAGCCAUGGUAGUGCCAUGCAGCCGCCUCCCCCCAGCAUGUCGGUCAAGAGCCCCAACAGCCCUGCAGAACCUUUUCUCCAGCGUCCGAUUUAUGUCAGAAGACUCUCUGUUCUCCCUGAACGCAGACGCGAGUCCAAGUUCUACGAUCCCAUUCUCGAGGCCGCCAAGGGCAUCCUAUAUGCCGUGUUUCAAAUCCAUCCCAUGAUCCAGAUGCUCAUGAGCUUGACGAGCGAUGGCUCCUCCAAAAGAUCUAGUCUCGAGAUUGUCUUCUAUAACACGAAUUCGCAUGUGGAGGAGCUGGAGCAGGAGAUCCAGAAGCACGACCCCAUGGUGGCGGGAGACGAGAUGGCGGGCCGCGACAAUGAGAACGUCCACCGGGCUUGCCAGACUCUGGUUGGGGCUUAUACCCAUGUCUGCACCCUCCUCGCCGGCAAUAUCGACUCAUUUAUCGACAACGGAGAUCCGCGCUACAUCCGCACUCUACUGAUGCUCAUCUAUAAUAGCAUCAUGGAGAUCAGAUGUACUCUUGCCGCGUUGACACCAGAGGCUGGCUUGACCAAGCCCCCUACGCGGGCCAUGAACAUGAGCGACACGAUCAAACCCCAUUCACGCGACAACUCCAUCACGCCUACCGCUGACCGGCUUGGAUUGGCCCAGCGACCACGGCCCGGCCCUAUUAUGCACAACCCGAGCAACCUCAGAGUUGCGACAGACGUAUCCCUUCCAUACCUGAACGGAAUCAGCGGUAUGAAUGGCAUGAACGGUACGAAUGGAAACGUAGCAAGCCGUACAGCAACGCUCACUUCCGCAACGCCACGGUCAGGAGAAUCGUUUGCGUCGGCGUCAUCCGGGGGGCGUGGCAUAUCCGAUUUCACCGAGGACGACAGACACUUUGAGAGAAUUUUCCUCGCCCUGCGGGAAUCGUCAAAGGUUGUCUCGCGCACUUUACCCGGUUUCCAGGGCCACAUGUCGGUCCUCGCGAAGAGGGCAAUGGGACGUCGCGCAUCCGAACACGAAAUGAAUUGGUGGAAGGCUCUUAUCAGCAGAUGCAGCACGGCUUUGCAGCAGACGGAGAUGUUGCAGAGUCGCCUGUCACUAAUCAAACUCAAGGAGCCUGGUCUAAUGAACCAACCUGCCUUCAGAAAUUUGAUCAGCAACUUCAUGGACUCGUGGUAUGAAUUUGGAGAUCACAUUCGCAAGGCGAUCAAUGAAGUCAGUCUUCCACUUCCAGCCGAUACUAGGAACCGACUACGUCCUAUUCAGGUUGCCAUGAAGCAAGCAAGGGAUACCAUUGUUCAGUCGCCUUGGGGCUACUUGUUGCGACAGUCUUCGAACUCCAACAUGUUCAGCCCGAACGGCGGCCCAGGCUUGGGGCCCAUGCAGUUGCCAAUGACGCCUCAGAGCGCAGCGUUGGGCCCUGCUGUCCAGGCGACAGUUCCUUCGACUCCGCAGAGUGCUUCCUUUGCCUCGGCCUUCAACGGCGGCGUUUUUGAGCGCGCGGAUGCUCUCAUAUCUAUGGGUGGCCUCUCAAUGUCUCGCAACGGUACGAUGACAAACAGCUCGGCCGCUAGUUUCACCAUGUCUUCCAUGUCAUCGCUCUCAUCCGAUGGCGGUGCCAUGACACCAUCAUCAGUCAUUAGCCCUAAUGGCUUCGGCCCUGGCCCGGUGCCACUGCGACUCAACGGUAGCAAAGUUGCCUUCUAGUCGAAGCGCAGAGCCACUACACCUUGGAUUCGCCGCACAUUUUGGGGCAAAAAGUACGGAUCGCAAUCAAAGUAGAUCCAUUUUGUUUUUCUUUGUUUAUACGGUGGUCUGGAUGGCCAACAACCGCAUUUUGUCUCAUUCCUUCAUUCGCGCAUAGCAUUGGCGUCACGGUCGGACUCAUUCACGGAUGGUAGCCAUACACUCAUUUGAAAAAACACGUCUCGGACCACUACGCAGGUCAAGGGGCGCAUGUAAUGUUAUAGUCACGAAGCAAAGUGGAUGCCAUCUCCCUGCAUACAGGACAUGGGGAGCGCGGGCACCAGAGA